AUGACGUCAUUCGAUGUGCUCGAUGCGGAAAUGGAGCGUCUGAAGUCCAUGUCCGGUGGCGGUUCGAGCUUGGAACCAAUAUUGCGAGGUUUUCAUGAUGCUGGAUUCCAAGCUGCUGUUCAGCAAUUUGCUGCGGAUAGGGCAACGCACUUUCAAGCCACAUGCCCUGAUGGUUCGCAGCCAUUGAUCUGGACACAGUAUUUCAACGAAUAUCGCGAGCUUUUCGAGAUGCACUUGCGACACAUACUACACGGCUUGGGGAUGACCGAAGAUACAUUCCAUGAGCUGUGUGGGUACUUGCAGGAGAUCGAGGAAAAUUUGGGCGACGAUUCGGAAAACCUUUACGGCUACAUCAAGGCCAUAACAUCAUCUGAAGAUUACGAUGCCUUCCUGCAGCUGAUGUUUGCAGAGGUUCAGCGGCAGCAAUCGCUGGGAGCAGGGACUUCUCAAGAGAUCGAGGUGGUUGUGCCCGAGGGGAUGGGCCCUGGAGAGACCCUACCGGUCGAUUACUUGGGUGCCCGCUAUGAGCUCAUCAUCCCGGACCCUCGCCUGCAGUUUACAAAAGGCUGGCAAGCGUUGCGUGGUUGGGCGCUUUUCCGCGGGCAGGAUAGUGACGGCAAGGAGGUCUUGAUUUGGAACAGUUUGCUGAAUCAUCGGCCAAAGGCCAUGGCUGAUCAGGCCAACGGUGUCAGCGAUCGGAAAAUGAGAUCACUGUUGAAGAAGCAAUUAGUCGACGAUGCCAGCGUGGCGGCUUUUGCUCAACUCGGAUCUUCGUUCUUUGCUGCUGCACGGGCACGUUUGGCCGACUCGCGCGAUGAAUCUGGUGCUCCGACGGCGGAGUCUGUGCGGACGAGGCACCAACGCCUCGCACAAGAUGCCAGGUUGGCUGCAGGGCGCGGGCAGUGGGAUCUGAGGGACAGGCAGCCGCCGGUCGGUCGACCGAGCGAAGAUAGAACAGAGCAGGCAGAUCAGGAAGAGGAGGAGCAAGCUCGAGUGGAAGCGGAGCGCCUUGCAAGACUGUCGAGAUUGGAUGCCAAGCGAAAGCGCCUGCAGGGUGGGGAAGGCCCAGGCGAAGACCACGAAAGCAAGGCAUCAGGUGGUGUUCGGCGACCCCGGCUGUCUUUUGCCGGUGAGGAGGACGACUUCUAG